UUUAAAAAAAUACAUGUGAUUUAUGACAAAAAUGAGACGAAUGCAAUGGUUGUUGCCGGUCAUCCAUAUUAUUAUGAAUUGGAGUGCAAAACUGGUGGAUACGUUGCAAGAGCUACAGCUGUUCCAUUUUUUAUAGGGUCAACAAAACCAACUUAUAUCCAUAAAGAUUUCACACCUUCGAACAGACCAGGGAUUACGAUUGAAAUUUACAAAGGAACAGACAAAUUAUCAACGACGGUUUACAUCGGAGAAUUAUUAUCCUUGAAAAUAACUGGACCAGGUAACAGCAAAGUGUUUCCUAUCAAUUGUAACGCAACCAGCAAUAAUAUUGUAUACCCGCUGUGGGCUAACACUACCUGUUUAUCCAAUGACAAAGCCAUCAUGGGGGAUAAGUGGACACUCAGCAAUGAAACAAUUUCGAUAGCCAUGUAUGCCUUUCGUUUUGUUGAUUCAAGCAGUGUGACGAUUGAAUGCUCCGCUUAUAUUUGUCCAUCAUCAGAUUCAGUAUGCACCAAAGCAGUAAACACCUGUCAACCAAAUGCAGCAGGCAGACGAAGACGUAACUCCAACAUAGAAUCCCACCCUCUGCAUGAAUACAAAGAAGAGACUUCGUCUGUGUCAUUUACUGUUGCUGAUCGCUAUAACGAUGCAAAUGGAAGUGAAGGAGUAUCUGGGAAUAUGAUUCUGUAUCUUACAGCAGUGUUUAUUACCAUGUGUUGCCUAGUAAGAGAGUGAUAACAUGAAAGACAUGAA